AUGCCUUCAUUUCGCAUCGCAAGCAAGAUUUUACAUUCAGCAGCAAAUCAAAGUUUCAAGUGCCAGAACCGAACAAUCUUCUCAACUCCACAGUUGCAGGGUUCAUGGAUGGAGAAGGUAAAAAACGUCAUCACAGGCCAAAAGACCACGCCAUCCCAGGGAGACUCGUCACAGGCUGAUUCCGAUUCAUUCACUCUUCUUCGUUUUGCGGAUGAAAUGAAGAAUGCAAGAAGGAUUGGUGCGUUUAAGGAGUUCAUGGUCGGACGAAGCAGCGAGGUCACUUUUUCUACUACCUUCGAGAAAUACGAAGCCAUAAUUCGAUAUCUUGGGGGUUUGGACCCCACUGGAGAGAAUCUUCGGACUGCUCAAAAGCAAGAAGCUGCAAAACAUUGUGACUGCACGAUUGCUGAUGUAGAGAAUGCACUUUCUAAGUUUUCUUGGGCCAAAGAAGCACAGAAGAAGAUAGAGAAGUUAAAAGAAGAAGGAAAACCAAUGCCAAAAAGCUUUGCUGAAGUCCAAAAGCUUGUUGGUUCUACUCCAUUGGACCUUGCAAGGUCUAAUUUGGCCCAAGCUGGACAAAUUAGCAGGAAUGCGCUCUGUCCAUGUGGUUCAAAGAAGAGAUAUAAAAGGAAGGACCAAAGGUUUAAUAUUUUAUAUAAGACGCAUAGGUUAUUGAAGGAAAUGGAUCUUCUCAAGUUAGAUGUCACUACGUAUGGGUUUAACAGCUGGUUGAUUCAACACCAUUGGUUCAAGAAGAGUGAGGCAUACCAUACGGUGGAGAUUGGAGAGGCAGUGCAGGACUGUGGUGGAUCCCCACAGGUCAAACUGUUCUACGCCCGAGACUGUGGAAUGCACGAGUUUGCAUCAGCAGAGAAGAGUCAGUACCCCUUAGUCAACAUACUUACCUGGACGGGGUCAAUUGGUGAUCAGCAAGGCCAAUGGUCUAGUCUGGUGACUUCCAUUGCACCUAGGAAGGGUGCCUGA